AUGGAUAAUGCAUUGGUAGAUGCAUUAGUGGAGCAGGUUAAUCUGGGUCGAAAAAGUGACAUGGGCUUUAAGCCAGAAACAUAUAAGGCUACCAUCACUGAAAUGUUCAAUAGAUGUGGUGUAGAGUUAGAGAAUAGAUAUAUCUCUAACCGUCUCCGUACAUUAAAGAGAUUUUAUUGGGCAGUGAAGAAUAUACUGAAUGCCAGUGGUUUUGGCUGGGAUGCCGACCUAAAAAUGGUGGUUACUAUGGAUAAUGUCUGGUCUAUCUACAUUGAGUCUCACCCAUAUGCUCAGAGAGUGCGUGGUAAACACAUCGACAGAUAUAAUGAUUUAACGUAUAUGUUUGGAAAUGACUGCGCUCAUGGCUCUUAUGCAAGCACAGCGUACUCAUCUCCUCUUUUUGGCCGGCGUCGCGGUAGAGAUGACCUUGAUUCUGAUGAAUAUUCUGAUGAUAAUGGGACUGAAACUGUUCAUCUAUUUUCAAAUGAAGAUGGUGACGACGAUAGUGGUCCGACAAUUCAUCCCAAUGAGGGAUCACAUCAACGGCAAAAAAGGGUCAAUACAGGAUCUAUGGAGACCUAA